AUGAAACUAAUUUUUGUUAUAUUAUUUGCAUUUACAUCAGCGACAGAUAACUUUGAUGAACUCUUGCAAAAUCGCACUCUGAUCUAUCAUCACGGCGAAGAUGUCACAACUUUCAUCUUUAUUGCUAAUUGGACAUGUACAAUUCGAGAAAAUUGGUAUGUCAAAGUAUUUUACUAUGAAGACGAUAACAUGUAAGUCAGAUUUAUUCCUUUCAAAUUUGAGGAUAGAUUUGCUCUUACAGAGAACACGAUUAUAUCAGUGAAGUUGAUAUGAAUGUUGAAGGAAAAUCAUGGGAUAUUACUGUAACUACAGGAUGGCAAAACACCGAUCGUCCAAAUAAAGAAUAUUAUCUCGCCUCAACAGUAUUCCAUAAUUGUGAGAAAAAUGGAAGAGAGCUGCAAUAUAACUAUGAGAAUUUCGAAAAAGUUAAGGUUGCUGGAGAAAAGUAACGUUUUUUCUAGUUUCUGAUAUAACACUUGGUGAUAUUGUAUUUUCAGAAAUUACACCUUGUUUUAUAAUCAAACUCUCGAUGGUAAAGGAAGACAAUUGAUUGCAGAUAAUUGGAGGAACACAAUUAUGGAUGGUGCGCCAGACUAUUUUUCGUCAGACUAUUUCGAAACGAAAGACAAACUUUUCUUUAAUAAAUAA